GGUGGCGGUGGAAAGAUGGUGCAGGGAAAAGUCCAGGUAUCAUCCACCCUCCAUCAUCUACUAUAGAGCGAGAAGGAGCGCACCAUCAUGACGACCGACGACCUGCGCUCGGUGGGAUGCAGAUAUGGCGCUUUCUUCCUCUCUCUCUCUCCUCUCCUUCCUGGAAGACGCUGUCGACUGAUUAGGCUCGUUCCUUCGAUGGCGGAUGAAUCUGGUCACCGAGCAACGUAAGCCACAGUACCCUGGGAAGGCUCAUAUGGGCUUACUGUUGCUUUACCUGACCUCUUUAUUUCAAGGCUUCUUCUCCACUUGAUCAAUCCCUUUCUUUCUGUUUCCUUCCUCCCAUUUGGUUUGGAGUUGCACAGACAGAGAGAGAGGACGCUAAGUGUGAUGCCCCUGAGAUUUGAGAACAGGAGUAGAGCGAGAAAGGUCAGUGCAACUUGGAGUAGAUCACUAGCUUAGAGAGCUGGCAAAUCGGUGGUGGGCAGCGACCGAGGCGAUGGGAGGCGUCGACACCUCCUCUCCCUCAGCCACCUCCCUCCGUCUACCGAAUUCCCACCUCAGCCUGCACCGCCGUGACCAAGUUGACAACUCCAACAGCAGCGGCAGCAACAACAACAACAACAACCACUCCGACGACGACGCUAACGGCGAGAACUACUCCGCCGGCGCCGUCGACAUGGCAGAAGCCGGAUCCGCCGGCGGCUUCGGGAGGCGCCCACGCGGCCGGCCGCCCGGGUCAAAGAACAAGCCGAAGCCGCCCGUCAUCAUCACGCGCGAGAGCGCCGCCGCGCUGCGCUCCCACGUCUUCGAGGUAUCUAGCGGCGCCGACAUCAUGGACGCCGUCGCGGCCUUCGCCCGCCGGCGCCAGCUGGGGGUCGCCGUCCUCAGCGCCAGCGGCGCGGUCACUAAUGUGACGCUUCGGCAGCGGGGGCCUCAGCCGGGGGGCACCGUGGUGGCCAUCCCCGGCCGGUUCGAGAUCCUCUCCCUCUCGGGGGCUUUCCUCCCGACGCCGGCGCUUUCGGACGCCACCGGCCUGACGUUGUUCAUGGUCGGAAGGGAGGGCCAGGUGGUUGGCGGGAGCGUGGUGGGGGAGCUGGUGGCGUCCGGCCCGGUGAUGAUAAUAGCAGCCGCGUUCACCAACGCCACCUACGAGCGGCUGCCCCUUCCCGACGCCGAGCUGGAUGCAGCAGCGGCGCCGUCGACGGCGGAGCACGGCGCAAGAAGCAAUGGCGACGGUGGCGGCAGCUUGUCUGAGGCAGACCCAUCGUCCAUGUCGCUCUUCGGCCUUCCACCCCAUCUUCUGCACGGUGGUCAGCACGAUGUGUUCGGCUCCUGGGCUUCGACGGGUCGUCGUCCUCCACCGUCCUAAUAGCCUUCUGCUUCAGAUGCUAAUUCCGCAGCUCAUUAGGAUCCUGAGGAUUAAACUGAAGCCUCAAAAUUACUACUGUAUUCGUGUGUUUUCAUGAACUUUGAUUAUACAAUUAGCUGCAAAUUCACAGUUUCAGUACAUUUUGAUUCAGCUGUGAAGAAGUCUUAUGGCAAGAAUUAGAUGUGGAGAGGGGGUUUCUGUCAA